CUACCAAACUAUUUAUCUCGUCAAGAUCGCUCACUUUCUACUUCCUCUAGAGUCCGACAUGGCGACUUUCUCAUCGAGCCCAAUCGUAAUUGACGGUAAGGGCCACCUGUUGGGCCGGCUGGCAUCCAUUGUCGCCAAGCAGGUCCUUUCAGGCCAGAAGAUUGUCGUGGUUAGGUGUGAGGAGAUCAACAUCUCCGGCAGCUUUUUCCGCAACAAGCUGCGUUACCACAACUUCCUCCACAAGCGCCAUAUCGUCAAUCCCAAGAAAUCUGGCCCUUUCCACCACCGUGCUCCGUCCAAAAUCCUCUUCAAGGCGAUCCGAGGGAUGAUACCCCACAAGACCGCCCGGGGUGCGGCCGCUCUUGAGCGUCUGAAACUCUUUGAAGGGGUUCCUCCACCAUACGAUCGCAAGAAGCGUAUGGUCGUUCCUGCGGCUCUUCGCGUCCUGCGACUCAAACCCGGCCGUAAAUACUGCACCGUCAAGCGCUUGUCUCAUGAGGUUGGGUGGGGUUACAAGGAUGUUGUUGACCGUUUGGAAGAGAAGAGGAAGAUUAAGGCUCAAGCCUUCUAUGAGCGCAAGCUCGCUGCAGCUAAACUGCGUCAAAAGGCGAUUGCUGACAACUCUGCAUCAUUCGAGAAGUUGACAUCUCUCGGAUACUAGACGUGGGGGGAGAGAAAGUAGUCUGUAGUCGCUCCUAUCACAUUCUCUAUGGCACACUAUUGCAACGAUAUUCAUGUACCUAAGCCCUAUGCUUUUCGGUCCGUGCCGUCGAAUAUGAUUAUCUCCUCGCUAGUCAGCAUUUGUACUACUUAUUCAGGUGUUUG